CAUCAAAGGCAAUAAAGAUGCAGAGGAACACGCAUCCACCGUUUAGACUGCUACUCGGUCACAAACGCCUCGAUUCUAAUCUAUGCCGCGCGACUUUGGAAGCAAUUGUGCUUGAGUUAACAUCAUGAAGGAAGACGAAAGUGGAGAAAAGAAAGCAACCCGUCAAUGCUGGGAGUGCCUCAAACGACGCCUGGUGUGCGACCACACCCUGCCGCACUGCAAGAAGUGCAUCAAGGCUAGCAAGAAAUGUCCAGGGUAUGAUAAUCAGAAGCCACUGCAGUGGGUGGAACCUGGAAAGGUGACAUCGAGACGGAGGAAGAAGGACAGCCCACCCAAAGUGUACACCAUUAGGCCAAGAAAUUCCCAACCCGUCGCGAGCACUAUCCCUAGCCUACCGGUUGCUUGUUCUGAGGAUUCCAACAAGUCUGACUCGCCAGAGACCAUUACGCUAGACGAUGGCCCGACUCUUGAAUGGCCCAUUGUUGAGGAACUUCGAAUCACCCCAGAGGCCAUUGAACUCUACAAAAAUCAACUCGCGUCCUUACUGGUGCAGGAAGACAAAGCAGCAUGGUGGUAUAGCCUAACAGCGGAAGAGCAGACAGGGCACAUCGCCCUGAUGGCUGCAGAGGCCGCUGCGGGGUCCGGGGUGGGUGAGCGCAUGAUGCGUAUCGGUAGCCAAAGGAAGGUCAAGGCAGUGGUGGAAAGAGGCCAGUACUGGGAGGCCGCGAUGCUACUACAGUCCGAUCGGGAUCCCCUCGAAAAGUUGAAGCGGCUGUUGUGGAUCAUGGAGACGAAUCAACUUCCUUCAUACGAACAUUUGUCGAACGAGACUUGUGAGGUGGUGCAGGCUGUCAACUACUUCAACACUAGGAUCUACCCAGAUGUCAAGGAAACUGACUCCUUGGCACCUAACCCAGCUGUGAUUCACUUUCCAGUAUGGGCCUUGCAUGUCUUGCCGCCUGCAAUGCAUCAUACCCUUAUCUGCUUGGGUCUGAAUCAUUUUGUACAUUCGUUGCCGGCGGGCUCGAAUCGCGCAGUGAUUGCCGGCAACCGAUCGAAGAUUUACAAGUACCGAGGUCUUGCAAUCCGAGCCCUCAGCGAAAAUGUCGCACGGGAUAAGACUCGCAGCAGUGAUUUGACAAUCAGCAGCAUCCUCAUGUUCAUGGCUAUGGAGGUUCAAAAUUCUAGCUCCGGAGACUGGAGAUCUCACGUACACGGUAUGAAGCAGCUAAUAGAUAUGCGCGGUGGUUUCGGACCUUUGUUACGCACGGCACCUUACUUGAUAUCAGCGCUGGUCAUUUUCGUCGUCAUUGUGACCUUUUCCAACAGUCUUGGCCCGGCCGUAGAUCAGACCAGCAUCACCGAGCCCCUCGAGCAGCAUAUCAAGGAAGUGGAAAGAGUGUACAAUCUGAUCUUCCCUUACAUACUGUGCCCACCAACGCUCUUCAUUGAGAUCAUCCGCAUCAACCGCCUACGCCAGGACGUUAUGACCUCGCCCUUCGAGGACCCGAAUCAGCACAUCCUGGACGCGCACGACAUCCUUGCCCGUAUCGAAGCCUUCGUACCGGAGGAUUGGGCACAGCCCGGUGAACACCACAACGACUGGCAGCUGAUUGGAUCGAUAUAUCAGUCCGCGAUUGCUCUGUACUGUACCAUGUCGUUGCAAGCCGUUGCUGUACUUCCCAACAGCUUGGAGAUGGUGACCAUGCGCACCAUACACGGCGAGCGUCUACUGGAGAAUCUGAAAUUGUCUGCACAGACAAGGUACUUGAAGAAGUUCUCAUUGUUUCCACUAUGCGUACUCGGUGUCGAAGCGGGAUAUCAUGAUCAGCAAAGCACUCGACUCUGGAUCGAACGACGCUUAGAGGAUCACAGUCGCCUUCUAGGCACCAGCAGUCCGCUGAAGGCGCGGGCAGUACUGCGACGAUACUGGCAGCAGAAAAAGGCUGGUUGGGAUGAAUGCUUCGACAGUCCGUACGUCUUCAUCCUGUGAUGGAGUCUGGGAUGGACAGCUACUGAAAAUUGCAGACACACUAUCCUUGUGCCAGCGGGUGUAUGCUGAUCCUUUCGACCAGGGGUCAUGCUUGACGGAGGCAGUUGCAGGGUUUCUAUGUUGGCUAAGUGUGCCUGCCUGAAGCGUCCACGUGCGAAGGCCGAAUAUAUACUGAUCCACACGCGCAGUUCCCUUC